AUGGACAAGUACCUUCAUCUCACGUACCCAAAACUAAACCUCAACGACCACACACUAGAUGAUAACCUGCCUCCCUUGCAAGUUCAACCUCAUAAUAACUGCCUCGACCCACCGCCUACUGCAAGCCUCGGUGCCCUUGACCGUCUCCCAAUAGAAUUACUUCAGGAGAUUCUCAUCCAACUUGACUUGAGCACUUUCAUGGCGUUUCGAUGCACCAAUAGACGAGCUAAAGAGUUGGCCGACCAUCUUCCACAAUACAAGGCCAUUACCACCAACGCAAGGAAUGCGCUACGUGGUAUCCUGAGAAUUGGAACGAGCAGGUGGAUUACCUGUAAAAGUCUCUUCGAGAAGUUACGCACAUCAGCUUGCGAACAAUGUGGCGAUUUCGGCGGUUACCUCUAUAUUCUCACCUGCAGACGGGUUUGCUUCCUCUGUUUUUCACAGGACAAGAGAUACUUACCACUGCGGCCCGGCCAGGCGUGCCGGAAAUUUGGAUUGGAGAGAGGCAUCAUUCAAACACUGCCUUGCAUGAGGGUCAUACCUGGUAUAUACUCGCCAAACGAGAUGAAGGCUACUGAGACUACCUUGGUUGACUAUGAGUCUGCUUUUGAUGCUGGCAUCGCCCGGCAUGGAUCGUCGGGCGCCAUGGAUGAAUUCGUGGCAGUCCGGAUCUUCACGUCGCACGCGGAUGCCUCCGGUGGCAGAUCCCGUCGAUUUAAAAUCGGCAAAUCCGCUUCGAUUCGUGGCGAUUGUUCGCGUGCCGUGGCUGAACAGAACAUCGCAGGAUAA